ACCCUUAUCUAAGUGCAGAGUCACAGAAUUUACGUUUUUUCUCGUGUUCUCAUUGCAAGACCGAGACGGUAUUUUCCUGCAGUUAGGACAAAGCCGUAAUAUGUCUCGCGCUGGAAAGCAUCCUUGGACGUUUGGUUCGACCCUUCUUCCGUGAAAGACCUGGAGUCGUCGGCGUUAAUUGGUAUCUGUUUAAUUAAAUUACUGUACGUCGAUUCGGCCAGUGACCAUGGGAACGCGGGGGAUGUGAGCUGUGGAUGCGCUGAAGCCCCUCCCAUGACGCGCGGAGCAAAUUGGGGCUCUCAAGAAGGUCUUUAUAUAUAAGAGCACCGAGACUGCGUUAUCGCUGCAAGCAAGGUGUUGUGAGAGAGUCCGGAGGUGUGGCAGCCUAGGAACCGGGACAAGGACAGGGAGGGGACAGGCAGCCGCGACGCGCUUUGUGCAGACUGGUCCUCCCUUGUUAGGGUGCGUUUUUGCUGUGUCCAGGAUGCAGCUCGGGGAAGGAGUUGUCCCCGGCGCGGCCGUCAACUUGUCCAAGACUUUCUACAACCUGUCCUCGGCAGAGAACACCGCGGGCAGCGCGGGAGCCACGCAGGUAGACUUCCAGGACGUCGAUCGGACCGAGUCUGACCUGGGCACCGGGCCCAAGAAGUACCUUAGCGGCGGCGGGGGCAGCAUCCUGGCCGAGGGAGAAGCCGAGAGCUUCUCCGGAGCUAAAGCCGCUGUGGACGGGAAGAAAAGUUCUCCUGUCCUUGGAGAAGAGGACCUGUCCAGUGGGGCUCGCUACAGCAUGGACGGGCUUGGCUCCGACAGGUACUUCAUCUCGACCUCCUCGCAGCCGGGCUCUGAGGUGGCGAACCCGUGCUCCCUGUUCCCGUACAGCGGCCAGGGCGCUGCAGUCUAUCCCGCUUCCAGCGGCUCCAGGUAUUAUGGCCACGUCCUGCCGCCGGCCGGCUUCCCGUCCUCCGUCUGCGCCGGCCGCAACCAGUUCGGAACGGGCUAUCAGUUCGGACAGGGUCCUGGGUGCUUGUACCCGUCGUACCCGGGCUCGGGUUCGGGCAUCUCCUCUGCGUCUAUUGCGGGCACUGGGACGAGGGCUCAGGUGUACCUGUGCAACCGGCCACUGUGGCUGAAAUUCCAUCGGCACCAGACGGAGAUGAUCAUCACCAAACAGGGCAGGAGGAUGUUCCCGUUCCUCAGUUUCAACAUCACCGGGCUCAACCUGACGGCGCAUUAUAACGUGUUCGUGGAGAUCGUGCUCGCGGACCCGAACCACUGGCGCUUCCAGGGGGGCAAAUGGGUCACCUGUGGCAAGGCGGACAACAACAUGCAAGGUAACAAAGUGUAUGUUCACCCUGAAUCUCCAAACACCGGGGCUCAUUGGAUGAGGCAGGAAAUAUCUUUCAGCAAACUGAAACUGACCAACAACAAAGGAGCAAACAAUAACAACACACAGAUGAUCGUCCUUCAGUCUUUGCACAAAUACCAGCCUCGUCUGCAUAUUGUGGAGGUCACAGAAGAUGGGGUGGAGGACAUGAGCAACGACUCAAAGUCCCAGACCUUUACCUUCCCGGAGAACCAGUUCAUUGCUGUCACGGCCUACCAGAACACAGACAUCACACAGCUGAAAAUCGACCACAACCCUUUUGCCAAAGGCUUUCGAGACAACUAUGAUUCCAUGUACACAGCCCCUGAGAACGACAGGUUGACUCCAUCCCCCUCCGACUCGCCACGCUCCCACCAGAUUGUGCCAGGAGCUCGCUACGCCAUGCAACCCUUCUUUCAGGACCAGUUUGUUAAUAACCUGCCACAAAACCGUUUCUACAACGGCGAGCGGGCCGUGCCACAAACCAGCGGGCUCUUGUCUCCGCAGGCCGAUGAAGGGGCUGCCACGGCACAGCGCUGGUUUGUCGGCCCCAUGCAGCAGACAGGUUCUGGCAAGCUGGACCUGGCCUAUGAGGGAGACUACUCCACAAGCAGCCUGCUGCCAUACAGCAUAAAGUCAUUACCGCUACAGGCACCUCAUGGCCUCAGCUACUACCCAGACUCUGCCUUCACCUCAAUGGCAGCCAGCUGGGGGUCUAGAGGAACCUAUCAGCGGAAGGUGGCAACUGGUCUGCCCUGGUCCCCACGGCCCAGCCCUCCUGGCUUCACAGAGGACCACGUGUCCAGCAAGGACAAGCCCCGGGAAGAAGGGGGUGCGGUGGCUCCUGCACCUGCUUGGAUCGACACACCACCCUCACUGAAAUCUUUGGACUCGUCAGACUCUAUCUACUCGAUGGGUUGCAAGAGGCGCCGGUUGUCUCCAGGCAGCUCUAGCACAGAGAACUCGCCCCCUAUCAAGUGCGAGGACCUGAGUGCCGAUGACUACAGCAAGGAGACAUCCAAAAACAUGGGCUACUAUGCCUUUUACCCAAGUCCGUAACUACUUUUUAUGUUAAUCAAAAUCCUUGUUUCAUAUUUAUGUUAUAUUGUCCCAAUUCUGCCUCAAGUUUUUAAACGUUGUGAAAUUUGUGUAAUUUAAGGUGCCAAAACUUGAUGCAUCAUUUGAGUCCUAUGGAUAAGAGUUUAGGUGACUUUUUGAUAGGCAUGCCCUUCCCCUUAUUUUAUACAAGCGUGAUCUAUUUAUUUAAGGUUCUUUCCUGUACAGUAUUUGUGCAAUGUAAAACGUGAGGUAUCUUGAGCAAAAUGUCUACAUGGCAGUGUUAUGAAAAUUAAUAAAACCAUCUGCGGUUUCAUGGUUCCGGCAAA